AUCUCUUUAUUUAUCCUAAUAGUUUAGUAAACUAAGCGCAGCUACUGGAAUAAAACUGAAAAAGGGAGACGCGGACUUGUUUUUGCUAAAUGGUUAUUUAUGAAGUGACACAUUUAAGAGAUUGCAGACUGGAAUUUGACAGAAUGAAACUACGAUUUUUCGUUGUGAAAACAAUAAGAAAUGACUGACUGGUACAUAAAAGAUACAAAUUCAUUUGAAAAGAUUGAUAUUUUGCUUUAAAUAAAGAGAUUUAGUGAGGGGAGGAGGAGAGGCGAGAAGGCGACAGCUUUCACUAAAUCUGGAAUCUGAUUACACACUUGAGUGGGGAGAGCAAAAAAGGGGUUAAAGAAAGAAAUAUUGGAAACUGUUUCAGUAUGGAAGAAAAUGAUCGUAAUAACAGGGAAGCGGACCGCCAGGAGUCGGGGGACGAAUCUAACAGGGCAAUUCUUCCACUUUUGCAAGCGCCUGGGAACCUGCAACUACCGCAUCGCAUAACCAACUUUUUCAUUGACAACAUCCUCCGGCCAGACUUUGGACGCAGGAAAGAAGGGACGUGCAACCGCGAUCAGAGUGUACAUUCUGGACGGGAGACCACCAGCCCCUCUGCUCCAGGAUCCGGACAGACGGGAGGGACUGUUGCUGGAGAAGGGACGUCCAGUACCCAUCAUGUGAACGCUGCAAAGAAGGGCGAUAUAGUCAUUGACGAAACCCUGAAAACCCGCGGAGAGAGCGGCGAUCAGUGCCUAAGCUCGGACUCGGAUACCUCCCAGGCCAGCUCCACCACACCUUCCCAGCCCAUGCUUUGGCCAGCCUGGGUCUACUGCACCCGGUACUCGGACAGGCCUUCAUCAGGACCGAGAUCGCGCAAACCAAAGAAGAAGAGCGCCAGCAAAGAGGACAAACGACCUCGUACAGCCUUCACAGCCGAACAGCUUCAGAGACUAAAAGCGGAGUUUCAGACGAACCGUUACUUGACAGAGCAGAGGAGGCAAAGCCUGGCGCAGGAACUCAGUCUCAAUGAGUCUCAAAUUAAAAUUUGGUUUCAGAAUAAAAGAGCAAAAAUCAAGAAAGCAUCUGGCAACAAGAAUGCACUGGCACUGCACUUAAUGGCACAAGGACUUUACAAUCACGCUACGACAACGAAAGACGACAAAUCAGACAGCGAAUAACUUUUAAGAGAAAAUGGGAAUAUACAAUGCAAUAAUUUAAUAAAAUAAAGAAGGGCCAGUGUAUAAAAUACCAGCAUUAAUAGUUCUAAAUCGUGUAUUAGAUAUACUUCUGCAAUAUUGUAUAUAUACACACACACACACACACAUAUAUAUAUAUAUAUAUAAAUAUAUAAAUUACAGGUAAGGUGUUGUACAACUUACUUUGUUUUCAAUACUGGAUCCUCUUUUGUUGAUUCGCAUUCUGAAUUUUUAAAAUAUAUUACAUUUGUUUGUUUAGUUUUAGGUCAAACGUCUUUUUAAUGAACGGUUGGUGUUUCAAACAUACCAGUGCGUUUGACUGAGAAAGAAAGAAAAUGAGGGUGAAAACCCUUGCUUAAAUCCAAAGAUUAUUUCUGCUGCAUUCAGGCAACUGUGAAUCUAAUCAAUAAAUUGCCAAGUAUUUUUUUUUUGAUCCGCAAUGUAUAUUGAUUUUGUUGUUUGUGUUUUAUUUCUCUUCAACACCACAAACUAGAAUACAAUUAUUCGAUGCAGAUUAUGCCGUUUUUUAUUAAAACAGGUGUUUGAGAUGAGCCCGGAUUUAAACGACAGAAGGUGUGAAGAAAAUGUUUGUGGUAUACCGCCAUAGUGGCGCACAUAUUUUUGUGUCUUUUAAUAAUUCCAAAGAAAGUUUUGG